ACCUGUCAGAUCCGAGCUUCCCCUCAACCCGCGGGAUGAUCACCUUGAAGUUGUCGUCUCAGUCUACCUGCUUAGAGACUGUCUGGUCUCCAGCCAUUAGCUCGUUACUGACCCAAGGUUAGAUCAAGCCCGAUCCACCACCUUAGUCUAUUAAACGAGAGUCGUAUUUUGCCACGAAAUGGUGGUAAAACGGAGUCCAGCAGCCAAGACGGCGACCGCGCCUGCACGGCAGAGACCCGCAAGGGGAUCUGCCGCUCGAAAAUCUACGAACGGAGCUGUUUCUGCCUCCCCCGCCUCCGCUCCGAGACGUUCCCCCGCUUCCUCGUCGAAGGGGAAGGGGAGGGAGAGGAAGGCCAGGGAGCCAGUGGAUGAGGAGAUGGACUUGGAUGAAGCGGCCCUUGUGGAAUUAAAGGACUCUGCGAUCGAGAAGAUCUUGACGAAGGCAGGGGAGGUGGAGGAGGAGAUGGUGGUGAAAGGGAAGGGGAAAGUAAAGGCGAAGGAGGAGGAGGGCGAGGAUGAGGAUGUGUCGGUGGAAGAGACGGAUAAGAUUCCGGGCCGGGAGGCGAAGGCGCGGUGGCCAGAGCGGUGCAAGGAGGCGAGAGGAGUCGCCCACUACUCGGCAGUCACAGUAGAGGGCCACGUGUACAGGCUGGGCGACGAUGUCUCAGUCAAGGGUGAGCCCAAGUGCCCGGAUUACAUGGGAACGAUCAAGGAGAUAUUUAAGCCUGCGAAAGGGGAGUUCUCGUGCCAGCUGCGCUGGUACUUUCGCUACAGCGACACGGCGAUGGGGACGUUGGGGGACAGCAUUGUGGAUCCGCGUGUGUGCUUCUGGUCGCGGGAGACGGACGACAAUCCUGCCAGCUGCAUCACUGGGCGAAUGCGAGUCAAGCGAGUCAAGCCUCCGUCCGGACCCAAGGAGGCGUUGGAGAUACCAGCGGAUGUGGACUAUGUGUAUUACCACGUGUACUCUUAUGACUUCUCCACCUUCUCCGACGUGCCUGAUGAUGAGUGCGAGCAAAAGCUGGAUGACCAGCCAGAUCCGGCAGCUGUCAAUGGGGUUCUCACGCACCCCACUGGGAUAAACGGGGUCAAUGGGGAGAGUGAGAAGCUGGAGGUAGAUUGCAAGGAAGAGUCUAACGACAGGCACGAGGAAGGAGGAGGGGAUAAGACUAUGGCGUGUAAGGAGGAGCCCGAGGGUAGGGAUGAGAAUGACCUGGGAAAUGAGCUUACCAAUGCACGAGGGGGAGAAACAAGAGAAAAGAGGAAAGAGCAGGUAGAGGAGGGGCUGAAGCUGGAAGGGAAGGUGGCAGGCGGGGAGGCUGAAGGCACGGCGGUAGAAGCUGUGAAGUUAGAGAAUGGCGGGGCAGUAGAGGGUGGAGAUGUUAGUGCGGAGGAGAAGAGGGAGAGCAAGGAGGAGGGAGACACUGGGAACGGGGGGGUGAAAGGAGAGGACGGAGAUGGCCAGGAGGAGGAAGGAGCGACAGGUAAAGCUGUUGCGGCGCGCAAGAAGGGGCGGCUGUCUGGUGGUGUGGGCCGUGCUGCUGCUGUCUCCCCCGUUGGGGUGGUGCUCCCGCCUCAGUCGAUGCGCUUGACUCUCCUCGAUAUGUACAGCGGGUGCGGUGCCAUGUCCACUGGGAUUGAGAUGGGCGGCACUCCCAGGGGCGUCACCAUUGACACGUGCUGGUCCGUGGACUUCAAUGCACCAGCAUGCGAGAGCAUGGAGUACAACCACCCACACUGCCAGGUGCGCAACGAGACGGCCGACGAGUUUCUGGAGAUACUAAAAGAGCUGCCGGCCCUGCUGAGCCGCUAUGGAGUGAGCUCCGCUGGAGCCUCGGGGUCCUCUGGGUCCCCUGGGUCGGCACCAGCAGUGGUUGUGGAGGCAGGUGGGGAAGUGGGGAGCAAGGCUGUGGCGCAUAAGCACAAGGUGGUUCACCACUCGCACCACCAGCAGCAGGAAGGGGAAGGAUCGGGAGAGAAGGUGGGGGACGGAGAAGAGGAGGAGAUGGAGGAGGAGGAGGAGGAAGAGGAGGAGGAGGUUGAGACGAGAGGGAGGGGGAAGAGGAAGAGGGGGAAGGGGAAGGCAGCUGAUGCGAAGAAGUUGUCAUCUGGGAACAAGGGGCAGGAGGGACAGGCGAGUGAUGGUGCAGGGGGCAAGGGCACCUCUGGGAAGGGAGAGGCAAAGGCAGCGGGAGAGGAGGAGAGCAGUGACGAGGAGAUUGACGAGGGGGAGUUUGAGGUGGGGCAGAUCGUUGGGGUGAGGUACAUUGCUCCCACGGAGAAGGGACGACCUGCAGGCAUUUACUUUAAGGUUCGAUGGAAGGGGUAUGGCCCACUGGACGACACCUGGGAGGCAGAGGAAAGCCUCAGCUCGUGCAAGCCGGCCAUCAGGGACUAUCUGGUGGAGCUGAAGGAGAAGAAGCUGCUCCCUUUGCCGGGCGACGUUGACAUCAUCUGUGGAGGGCCCCCGUGCCAGGGCGUGAGCGGGUUCAACCGUUUCCGCAACAUGGAAGACCCGCUGGCGUGCGAGAAGAACCGGCAGCUGAUCGUGUUCAUGGACAUCGUGGCAUGGCUGGCGCCCAAGUGGGUGCUCAUGGAGAAUGUCGUCGAUUUGAUGAAGUUCAAAGACGGGAUCCUGGCGAAAUAUGCGAUCGCACGACUGGUUGGCAUGGGAUACAAGUCUCGCACCGGAAUCAUCGCAGCCGGGUGCUUUGGAGUCGCACAGUUCCGCCUUCGAGCCUUCUUCUUCGGCGCAUUGAAUGGCCAUGCGCUUCCAAGCUUCCCCUUGCCAACCCAUCUCGUUGCUAGUGAAAGAGGCUGUGUGCCAACCCGCUGGUUGAGAAACUUUGUUGGUUGGGAAGAGAAGUCUCCCGUGCUGAAGACGCUGAGGCCGGCGCUCGUCCUAAAGGAUGUCAUCUCGGAACUCCCCCCGGUGACAAACGCCACAACAGCUGACGUCAUGAAUUACACACGGCCGCCUGCCAAUAACUUCCAACGAUUCAUACGCCUCCCCAAGUCCGCCUUCCGUCCUCCUCCCCCAGGUGCGACCUCCCCGAGCUCGCCCUGGUCUUGGGAUGCAAACCCCAAGCUCCUGGACCACCGCACGCACAACCUCAACGCCGACGACUUCUAUCGCGUGGAAAGGAUUCCCCAUCGAGAGGGAGCGUGUUUCCGGGACCUGCCAGGAGUGGUGACGGACCCUGUCACUAAGAAGUGCUCCCUGGACAAGAAUAUCCCCCGCCCGCUGAUUCCACACUCAGGCAGUUUUCUGUGUCCCGACUACGCCAUUUCAUUCGUGAGGGGCACCUCGUUCAAGCCCUUUGCUCGUCUGUGGUGGAAUGACACAGUUCCAACUGUGGUCACACGGCCCGAGCCACACAAUCAGAAAAUCCUUCACCCGGAGCAGGACCGGGUGCUGACCAUCAGGGAGAAUGCUCGGCUCCAGGGCUUUCCUGACCACUACAAGCUGUUUGGUGAUGCCAAGGAUCGGUAUUGCCAAGUGGGCAACGCGGUUUCAGUCCCGACUGCCAUGGCUCUCGGAUACUCCAUUGCAGGAGCUGCACUAGGAGGCACCUCCACUGCCACUUAUGGCCUUCCAAGCUCUUUUCCCUAUUCUCGUUAAGCUUGCAGUGUCUGCUAUUAUAACUUCGACUGAGGGGGCGGGCUAUUAUGGUGCAUUAUUUUAUGGCUUAGGAUGUCAUUCACUCAUUAUGGGGUAUGGUACAUAUUUUAGGGAUAUGAUACGAGCUAAUUUGCACAAGCAAUAAACGGAUGGUAACACC